GGUCACCAAGAUACAACCACAAGGAACCAGGACUGAAGCAGAGGAUCUCACUCUCUCUCAGACACACAUUUCAUCUUAUCUACCCGCACGUUAACAGGAACAGGUCACAAUGUUUGGCAUCCACUCCCUGGCUGGUGUUCUCCUCCUGGUCAUCAUACGGAGCAGUUGGCAAGUCCCUCUACAAGAGGCUGAGGACAACUCAAGCUUAGAGACAGCAGACCCACUAUUGGAGGAUUUGGUGGGCGUGCCUAACUUGAAGAGACAUUCCGAGGGAACCUUCUCUAACGACUACAGUAAAUACCAGGAAGAAAGGAUGGCUCAGGACUUUGUUCAAUGGCUUAUGAACUCCAAGAGGAGUGGCGCUCCAUCCAAACGCCAUGCCGAUGGGACCUACACCAGCGACGUGAGCACGUACCUACAGGACCAGGCGGCCAAGGACUUUGUUUCCUGGCUCAAAUCAGGACGGGCCAGACGAGAAUCUGCAGAGGAGAGCAGGAAUGGUCCAAUGAGCAGAAGACAUGUAGAUGGAAGCUUCACCAGCGAUGUGAACAAGGUCCUAGACAGCUUGGCUGCCAAAGAGUAUUUACUCUGGGUCAUGACCUCCAAAACCUCAGGGAACAGUAACAAACGUCAAGAAGAUCAUUGAAAGAAGACAAACGCUUCCUUGUUCAAGAGAAACUUGGAUACUGUGCUACAAAUGAUAAGCCUUGACAAAAACUAAAAGCCAUACUAAAAAGCCAUACUGCUUAGCAUUGUUGUGAUGUUGAUACAAUGUUUGAAGUACUUAGAUUGUUUACUCUACAUUAUGUGAUAAAAAAAAACAGAUAACGUAUUCUUCCUUAACUUUGUGGUGCACAAUGCAUCAGGUCAGUUGUCAAAUUAUACAAAUAUUUUUCCAUAAAUUAACAUUAUUUUCUAUAUUUGUAAUGUUGAAAGAAAGGGAACAUGGUAAAAACUCAGAUAUAAUGUGCAAAACUAUCUGGUAACAUUUGUGUGAAUUUGUUUUUUUAUCCCAUAUGUAUCAAAACCUGCUCUGCAAAAUUAAACUCUUUCAUUGUG